AUGGCCAUGUACGAACGUCGCUCCUCGAUGGAGGCUUUCGAACGAGCCUCGCGGACGCAGUCACCGUCUGGAUCUGAACGACGAAAGCUUUCCUUCAACCCGCUUGGAGAAUGGACGCCCGAAGUCGUGCAUCACGAUCCGCCAGUAGGAGCAUUCGAGGUCAGCAAGGGCAAGAGGAUAGCACAAGUCGCGAUCGCUUCGGUAUACUGCUUGUUCGCGGCUGGGGUAGUGUUCGGCUUUGCUGCGAUCAAGCCGGUCCUGAUCGAAGAGGGCGUCUACAAGGACAAAUGCACAAAACACGAGCUGGAAGACAAUGUCUACGUCUGCUACGAGCAAGAGCUACGACUCAACCUCAUGUUCGCCAUUGCGGCAGUCAGCACGAACGUAUGCGCUUUACCGGUAGGGACGGUGCUGGACAGAUAUGGACCUCGAGUCGCGAGCAUCAUUGGCUGUGUAUUCCUCUUCGUAGGUGCACUGCUUCUUGCGUUCGCUGCACAGAUUCCUGGCGAUGCCUACAUACCCGGCUACCUCUUCCUCGCGCUCGGCGGACCAUUCGUCUUCAUCUCAUCCUUUCAGCUGAGCAACACCUUCCCGAAGCACUCAGGCCUCAUCCUCGCCUUACUGACUGGAGCCUUCGAUACUAGCAGUGCCGUCUUCCUGGUAUACCGCCUCAUCUACCAAGGCACGAGCGGCUCCUUUACGAUCCGGAAGUUCUUCCUACUCUACCUCAUCGUCCCAGCCUUCAUCCUCGUCAUGCAGAUCUUCAUCAUGCCCGCAAAAUCCUACAAGAGCGUUGGCGAACUUGUCAAGCAAGCUGAAGAUGACGCGCAGGAUGUGCACGAUUCCGACGAGGACAUCCAGGAUGAGGUGCAGCGACGGGGACUCCAGAAUGCUCGCCGGGAACAUCGGGAGAGUGUUGUUUCCGAGAUCUCAGAGUUGUUGGGCUCGAAAAAGGCAGAUCAGCACGUUCAGCAAGAAGAGGAAAAGGUCAAGAAGAGUGGUGUUUGGGGUGCGAUGCAUGGGAAGACGGCGACUCAGCAGAUUCUCAGUCCGUGGUGGGUCUUGAUCACCAUUUUCACUAUGGUGCAGAUGUUGCGGAUCAACUACUUUGUGGCCACCAUCAGGACUCAGUACACCGAUAUGCUAGGGUCUGUGCACAAGGCGAAGCAAGUGAACGAGUUCUUCGAUGUUGCACUACCUCUUGGUGGAGUCAUCGCAGUACCUUUCAUCGGGCUUGUCUUGGACCAUACGAGCACGCCCUUCGUGCUUGUACUGCUGGUAUCCGUCGCUACCGCUAUCGGCAUAUUCGGUGUCAUACCCGAGAUGUGGGCAUCUUACAUGAACAUCAUCCUCUUCGUCAUCUACCGACCAUUCUACUACACCGCGGUGUCCGACUACAGCGCCAAAGUGUUUGGCUUCGUCACAUUUGGCAAGGUCUACGGCCUCAUCAUCUGUGUUGCUGGACUCUUCAACUUCGCGCAAGCAGGCCUGGAUGCGCUCACGCACAAAGCGUUCCACAACAAUCCGAUCCCGACCAACAUCAUCCUACUGACUGUGGCCUUCGUCGUCGGCAUCGCGCUCGUUGGGUACGUGUGGCGAAAGAGUAUCACUCUGCAAGAAGACAAGAUCAAGGAAGAGGCGGAUGAAGCCAGAGAAGUGCUCAUGCCAGGUGCAAAUGGCACACAAGUGAACAGGCCGCACGGACACGAGACGUAUGGCACGGCAUGA